AAAUUAUCCACUCAGAUGGACGUUCGAGAAACAAAAGACCAAGUACAGCCCCCAGUCCUUACAGUUACGGUGGCCGACGCAUACGGCCUUCAAAAACAUGGCCAAGUCAGUUAGACAAAUACAAAGACUUGCUAUCACCACCACAAGGAAUACCACCACCAAGACGAAGACCCUCGGUGAAAAGGGAGACAAGAUAUCGUGUCCAUAUUACAAAUAACAAUGAAUCCGAGGAUAACGUUGGCGACAUGAGUGAAAAAGUCGGCGAGGCAAGAACACAUCUAUCCAUCCUGGCCAAUCGUCCAAAAUCUACCUACGGAAACCGAGCCCUUUCGAUCAAUCACAGAGCCGAACUCGACACGAAAGACUGGGUUCCUAAACAAGUCUUGGCUGACUGUCUGAAACGCAAGUUGAGCUGGGAGCAUGAGAGCGACAACGUGACCGCUGACCAGUUUGCAAUGCAGUACGUAAAACUUGGAGAUCGUGUGAUUUUCGAGCUGACUGUGGACGAUACAAAGCAAAAUGUUCCUGCUACUGUUAAAUAUAUUGGUCCAGUUUAUCAUUCAAAUUUCAAACCGGGAAUAUAUGCUGGUUUAAAGUUAGACAUUCCAGCCGGGGAUACAAAUGGACGCGUAGGUGACCGAGCGUACUUUCGUUGCCUGAAGCAUCAUGGUAAAUUCGUGAAAAUAUCGCACAUCCUUGCCGUGCAAAACCCGCGGACCCAGCAAUACACGAGAAUUCUACCAACAGUGUAUAAGUAAAGCAAGAAAAUCCUCUGCGUAAUUCUUGACGAUAAAAUUUUCAACACUUUUGGCAAUGUGUGAUAUAUUUUUGUGAGAGAAACCGCUUUUACAUGUGAACGUAUAUCUUUGCGGGACGAAAUGUAAUUAAAGUAGAAUUAUAAUUAGUUUUCUAGACUAACACUUUUUUUAAUAUUUAGAUGUGAUUUUUUUCAAUAAACAGUCUCAUGUGGUUUUGGUAA